CUUGGAGCCGCGCUUGAGCCCCCGCCGCAGCGAGACACCGCGACCAAUCAGCCACCGGCCUCUCCAACCGCCUCUUCUAAUUGGCUGCCGAGGAGCCCGGCGGGCACCGCCCCCGCUGCGACAUCCAAUGAGGCGUCGCGGCGGCGGGGGAGGGGGGCGGGUGGGCGUGUCCGGGCGGGGGAAGGUGCGGGCGGGCGGCCAAUCAGAAUCACGCUGCUGCAGGCCAGCUUCUGAGGGGGGCGUGGCCGGGGCGCGGGGGCGGGGCUCGGCGGGCGCGCGCGGCGCGGUGCGGAAGAUGGCGGCGGGAGCGCGCGGCGGGAGCGCGGCGCUGCGGCGGCUGCGGGCCGGGGGCGCGGGCGCGGCCCCGCGGGGCGCGCGGGGGUUCUCCAGGGAUGUGGAGGGCAGCUGGUUCCGCUCGCUCUUCGUGCACAAGGUGGAUCCCCGCAAGGACGCACAUUCCAACCUCCUCUCCAAGAAGGAGACCAGCAACCUCUACAAGAUCCAGUUUCACAAUGUGAAGCCGGAAUGCCUGGAAGCUUACAACAAGCUGACAGAGGAGGUGCUGCCCAAGCUCCAUUCGGACCCCGACUACCCCUGUGACCUGGUGGGCAACUGGAACACUUGGUACGGCGAGCAGGACCAGGCAGUGCACCUGUGGCGCUUCUCGGGCGGGUACCCGGCGCUCAUGGACUGCAUGAACAAGCUGAGGCAGAACCAGGAGUACCUGGAGUUCCGCAAGGAGAGGAGCCGGAUGCUGCUGUCCCGCAGGAACCAGCUGCUCCUGGAGUUCAGCUUCUGGAAUGAGCCCCAGCCCCGCCAGGGACCAAACAUCUACGAGCUCAGGACCUACAAGCUGAAGCCAGGGACCAUGAUCGAGUGGGGCAACAACUGGGCUCGGGCCAUUAAGUACCGCCAGGAGAACCAGGAGGCAGUCGGGGGGUUCUUCUCCCAGAUUGGGGAGCUCUACGUGGUGCAUCACCUCUGGGCCUACAGGGACCUGCAGUCCCGGGAGGAGACCAGGAACGCAGCCUGGAGGAAGAGGGGCUGGGAUGAGAACGUUUAUUACACCGUCCCGCUGAUCCGGACCAUGGAAUCCCGGAUAAUGAUUCCCCUGAAGAUCUCCCCGCUGCAGUGAUUUGGGGCCGUGCUGGGGGGGCUCCCUGCACCCCCAGGGGCUCCCUGCACCCCCAGGGGCUCCCUGCACCCCCAGGGGCUCCCUGCACCCCCAGGGGCUCCCUGCCCGUGCCCCGGCCCUGCUGGGGAAGGGCUGGGGGUUCUGCUCCCCCCGGCUCCCUUUUGGGGUGCUCUGGGGAGAUUGAGAGCAGGGAGGGGAAGUGGGAGCCCCCCAUGCUGUGGUGGGUGCCCAGGGUGGUGCUGCUGGGGGGGCUGUGGAGGUGGGGGUGCUUAAUUGCUCCUGAUGAGCCCAGCGGGUGCCUUUGCUGCCAAUUAAAUAUUUAAUAUGCUAAA